AACUCCGGCCUGUUUUCUCCACAAGCGCGGUCUGACUCUUCAACUCGUCUCGUUUGUUGUUCUGCGCUCUUCGCAACAGUCCACCAGCAUUCAAACAAUUAUCCACACGAACAAAGAAAUAGCGAUGCCUGCUUCAACAGCGGACAUUAUCGCGUCCGCUGAAUACCUUGAAUAUGAUUACAACCCACGCGUCCUAACCGUGGCUCAGCUAAUGGGCAUACUGCACCACCAUCAGAUUCGUUUCCCGUCAAACGUGAAGAAGGAUGCACUUCUCUCCCUAUUCAACGAGCAUAUAACCGGAAAUCUUGAUCAACUGCGUCAUGAUCGUGACAUUCUGGAUGGCUCACAAGCCAGCGAUGCUGGCAUCACUGAUGGUGUCACCGGAGAAUUAAUAUCCGAGCGUGACGCUCAAACAACUGCCCGUCGUCGAGGAAGGCCAAAGAAGGCUGGUUCUGUCAGAGCAUCUGCCGAACCUUCUACCGAACCCACUCGAAGAUCUACUCGACGGUCUGCAGAACCCACACCCUCCACCGCCAAACCUAAGCCUAGAAAAGGAACCCGUGCAACUGAACCGAUCGUCAUUGAAGGAUCGGAAUCUGAGCCGGAUGCAUCACCCGUCCGUCCGGUGAGAGCAUCGAAGACGGUGUCCAACCCACGAAGAUCACUAGGCGAAGACAGCGGAUGGGAAGAGAACAAUGUUUUUCAAUCAGGGCCGGACGACACCCCCCCUGCAAAAGCAUCGCGAAAGUCCUCGCGUCGGGGGCGCUUGCCUGAUUCCCCCACUGCACAGGCCUCAUCAUCAUCGCCUCCAAAGGCCGACAAGCACGACACAACGCCUGCCCCUUUGAAGCCACGAAGAAAGGUGGUCCUAGCUCCCACCGAAAUGGACCCGCCGGGUUCGGCUAUUUCUGUAAUUCAGUCAUAUUCUCCAAGUCAGUCUGAUUCGAAGCGAGCGGAGGCAAGGGCCGAAGCCGUCGAUGCUGAGAAUCAGGAUGAUUCUGCCUCCGAAGAGCUUCGUGAGCUUUCGGUAGACUCCAGAGGGGCCAUGACUCGCCAUCCGAAAGGAUCAUCCUCACUUCGUGUUCUCAAAUGGAUUGUUAUUGCCGCCGCCCUGACCACUUUUGGUAACAGCAUCUACAACUAUAAAGCUCAAUCUUCGAGUAUUGGUUACUGUGACGCCGGGACGAACAGCAAUAGGCAGCUUCGUGCUCUUCGCGCAGAGCGCCAGGCAAUCGCUGAGUGCAAUGCACAUCUGGUACAGCACGGACCAGAAGCCCCUAAUACCCGACUCGUGAAUGAUAAGGAGUGUCCUCUGGAGCCUUUCUUUCCUACUCCUGACUACUGUACACCAUGUCCCAAGCUUGCGUACUGUUCAGGCAGCGAGGUCAAGUGCAAAGGUGCUUACAUCCUUGAGAAGCACCCUUUUGCUGUAGCGGGCUUUUCGCCUCUAUUUGACGGUAUUCCCGGCUUUGGACCUGUAGCGUUCCCUCCAACGUGCAUCGAAAACCGAGAGCGAAUCCAUGAAGUUGGGAAGCUAGGUAGAUCCAUCUUGGGCUACCUUUCGAAAAUCAAGGGACAGCUUCUCUGCGAGGGGAGGGGACGACGUAUCAAGGAGUCGGAAAUCAAAGUCCUUGGUCUUGAAAAGGGGCAGUUACGAGCUGUCGCAAAGAGUUGGAUUCGACAGAUACCUCUCGAGGAACAGGAUCCUCUAUUUGAUGAUGCCUUACAGAAGUUAGAGAGCAACGGUCUCGUCGUAACUGAGCUUGAUGCAUUAGGCCGCACGUGGAUCGCUGGGAUGCGUGAGGACAUGGGAUUAGGCUGCAAAGUUAAAGUCUUUUUUAUGGAUGCGUGGGACGAAUGGAGGGGGUACCUCUAUGGUUUCCUCUCCCUGACACUCCUUUUGGUAUAUGGACGCCACCGGCUCGCAAUCCGUCAUAUCGAAUCGCGGCAAGUCGCUGAACUCGUCCAGUCGGCCCUCGACACACUGCGGGACCUGGAAUACGCGCAUCACACUGACCCCGUUCGCGCACCGCAUUCUUUUAUUGCCCCCGUCAACCUCCGAGAUCAAGUCCUGAGGGAUAUACAUUCAACUAGAGAACGAAAGCGUAUCUGGACUCAAGUUGAGCGAAUUGUCGAAGGCAAUUCUAAUAUCCGAGUGAACGUGCAGGAACUGAAUGGUGAGGAGAUUGUGGUUUGGCGAUGGAUUGGAGCAACAGGAAUAUCACCUCACAAAUAGGCCUGAGACACGGAAUAGGUCGUCGUCGUCGUCGU